AUGCUGAGUAAACCACCAAAACGUUUAGUACUUUUUACGAAUGCUUGUCAAUCUGUUAUUGGCCAAGUAACAGAAACAGCUACCUAUCUUCAAUUACCAGUGUUUUCAUAUACUGAGACAGAUUCUUCACUAGCUGCACGAGAGAAAUAUAACAACUUUUUUCGAACAGUACCAUCAGAUUUAAUGCAUAAUCAUGUAAGGCGACAAAUAUUACAACGAUAUAAUUGGACACGUUUUGGUUUAGUCUAUCAAACUGGAUCUCAAUUUACACUAGCAGCAAAUGAUUUUUCAUCGAAAUUAAUUGGAAAAGAUAAAAAAUAUGGCAUACAAAAAUGGGAAAUCAAUCUAACACGAAGUAUCUCUUAUCGAACAGGAAAAAAUACGUAUGAAGAAAAUAAAAAAAGCAUUCAAAAUAUAUUGAAUGAUUUUGAAACACGAGAUGUCCGAAUAAUUAUUGGUAAUUUUAAUCAAACAGUGGCGGAACAUGUAUUUUGUCAUACUUCUGCGGCUUUAUCUGAAUAUAUUACUCAAUAUAAAAAUAAAAUAAGUUCGACUGGUUUCUUUCACGCUUAUGCAUAUGAUGGUUUAUGGAGUAUAGCUCUAGCAUUCCAACAUCUACUAAAUACCAAUGAUGAUAAUCAUUACAAUUUUACUUCAAACGUUUACGAACACGGUUGGACAUCAAAAUUUAAAGCUGCUGUACAAAAAUUAGACUUUUAUGGUGUAACGGGUAGAGUUCAAUAUUCUGAUGGAGAACGUGUUGGUGAAAUUGUUGUUGAACAAUAUAUUGCUUGUCGAAUAACAGGUAAUAUAUGUGAAAUACCAUGCCAUAAUGGAGAAGAAUGCAGUUUGAAAUUAGUAAAAAUAUUUCUUGCAAAAGAAAAUGGAUUGAUUAAUUUGUAUCCAGUUAUGUGGCAUGGUAAACAUAAAGUAACACUACAGCAAGUCAUAUUUAUCUCCUGA